ACAUCAACCGCACUCAGCCUCUCCACAGCACACCUUCCUCUCCUGGACACAGUUCGGACUUGACUUUGAUCCACGCUACACCACUCACUUCACUUCCUCAUCCCGCUCCCCCUAGCAAGCGUAAGAGAGUCCUAACUUGUAGUCCCCAUCAGCAAACAUUGGACCAAUUCUUUCGUGCAUAAUUCGGCGCCCAGGAAAAAAAUGUAUGCAUACUAUCAGAACGUGCGGGGUCUCCGCACAAAACUUAUUAACUUCCACCAGGCCUUUGCUGAAUCUGACUAUAACAUAUGUGUCCUGACCGAAACCUGGCUUGAUGAUUCGAUCCCAUCGUCGCUUCUUUUCGAUGAAAACUUUAUCAUCUAUAGAUGCGACCGCAACAAUAGGAAUAGCAACCUUUCGCGUGGUGGUGGUGUGCUUAUUGCAUGCUCAUCACAACUUGCGGUCUCGUCGAUCUCGUCACCAUGCGCAUCGUUGGAGGCGGUGUGGGUUCGCAUCAACCUGGGGACCUCGCACCUGUACCUUGGAGCCAUCUACUUUCCGCCAUACAGCAGCUCAUCCUCAUCUGUAAUUGAUGAUUUGAUGGAGGGCAUCGGUGUAGUCCUGGGGCGCAUGCGCUCCGAAGAUAAAAUUAUGAUUUUUGGCGACUUCAACAUGCCGGGCAUCUCGUGGACUGCUGAUCCCCAUAAUAAACUGUGGUUUUAUCCUUCCGAUUUUAGGCAGCGGGAUACGACGUUCAUUGACGGUCUGAACUUUAACCACUUGAAGCAACUCUCAGGGGUAACUAACGGUAACGGACGUCAACUGGACCUGAUAUUUGGCAAUUCCGCUGCAGCCGCGAUCUGUGAUUCAGUACACCGAGUGCCUUUGACGAUUAUUCCUGAGGACGCUUAUCAUCCAGCAUUGGAGACGUGCAUCACCGUCAUCGCGUCGCCCUCUGAUCGUCCGUCUCGUUUAGUUUUGACGCGUGAGCUGAACUUUAGGAAGCUCGACAGCAGAAAAUUUAUUCGUCUCAUCUCGACAUACGACUGGAGCUCCCUGGACGCUGCACCUAGUAUUGACGAGACGCUCUACCCUGUCGAACCUUAUGUCGUUGAUGAUCGAUCUGUUUCCGCACACAGUCGCUGGUAG